AGGAAGGGGAAUGGAAUGGAAGACAAGGAGCUAGAAACGAGCAACUCAGAAAGAUUAAACGUGAGCAGAGGCUAAAGGGGAGAUGAUAGAAACCUCUUUUUCUUUUUUUCAAUUAAAUCAUUCUGAUCCUAAACAACUCUAAGCCAUUUCAUCCUAUCAGGACCUGAGGAUGCCGAGACAUUUCAGAUUGAAAUAAGUGGCCUCCUGAGUGAGCUGCAUUGCCCGUAUCCUUCACUGACCACAGGGGACGUCAUGGCUAGACUCAGCACCCAAGAUCGCUGCCUGCAGCUUCUCUAUUUUUUGAGCUCGGAGCUGAUGGCUGCCCGGCUCCAGGCCAGGAAAACGCUCCAAUCAGCAAAGCAAGACGACAAAAAUAACGAAGCAGUGCGAGAACUUCAUCAGAUCUGCCAAGCCCUGGGGAUGCCUGAGCCAGACCCGGCUUCCCCUGUGGCUCUGGUUAUGGAUGACAUUGGAUCCCAGGUUUCGGAGGCUCUCGCCGCCGCACAGGGGCUUGAGCCCCAGUGGACAGCACCGCUCCUGAAGGCCCCGCUGACCUCCGAGCAAUGGAAAGCCCUGGACCAGAUCAAGCAAGUCCUGGGGGCCGAAUACCAGUGCCGAAGACACAUGAUGCUGACCCGUUUCGACGUCACCGUUGCAUCCUUCCAUUGGUCUGAGAGAGCCAAGAACCGAAGCACCGCCAUGUCCGAAGCCUUCCAACCUUUACGGCAGUCUUUGCCGGAGGAUUCCCAGGUCUGCCUUUCCCACCUGCUGGCUGCCCGGGAGGACUUUUCUCGGAUCGUGAAGACCAGCAGCGAGGCCUUGCGGAAGAAGACCAGUUGUGCUAUCAACAAGGUCUUGAUGAAGGGCAGCGUGCCAGACCGGGGAGGACGCCCGAGCGAAAUCGAGGCCCCCAUGCCCACCUGGGAGAAGAGGAGAGAAGGAGGCGGUGGAGGUGACCAGCGCUGGGCGAAACGGGGCAAGAAAAAGAAGAAAUAAGGGAAGAGGGGCUGAAACCAGCUGCCGUUGGGGUUGGCGUGGCCAGAAAGUGUGACACGAAGGAAGUGCCACGGAUUCUUACCCAACGUGUCCAAGUCUCCAUCUUGCCUUUCUCCAGGCAAGCCAGCUUUAAAUAAGGAUGCGGUUCUUCGGCACUCCAGAUGCGCCCGCGAGGCCAACUCCCAUAAUCCAAAGAUCACGUUGACCUUAGGGGAAGCAUAACCCUCCUGAGACUACAGGGAAGGUUGGGGAAGGUGCCACAAGCAGCUUUGAAAGCCGCGAAGCAUUUCUCGGCUGUCUGAAAUCCACAAUAAGUAUUUUAUAUUUGGACUUUUUUAUUUUCGCCCUGAAAAUCGUCAUGGAAGGGGGGUGCCUAAGCCGUGUAAAGAGGAUAAGAUCAGUGGGUUUUGAUCUCUAGAUUUCUACUCUGAAGGAAGAUUCCAGAUUUGGUAUCUUGUUCAUUCAAAAAGCAGAAAUGCAUAAGGUGGCUGUUUUGUUUUGGGUUUUUUGGUGGUGGGUGGUUAUUAUUGGAGGUGCCUCUUUUCCCCCUGUUGAUAAUCUUGUAGUGGUGCUGGUGGAGUUGCUUGAACCUGAUGCUGUAUUUUUUAAGAGGAGGAGGAGGACUAGAACAUUCUUAACCUCCAGUCAACAUACCUGCUUAGCUUCCCUGGCUUGGGAAUAAGGGAAUUGUGGCUUAUGUAUCUGGGAGGCCCAGGAUGUUCAUCCGGUAUUGAUGGCCCAGGAGCCUUUGGUAUUU